AUGACGCCCAGCAAACAUUCCCGUGCCUCAGCCGAGCCGCUAACGCCGGGGGUUGGGGUACAGGGGCUCAGCCAGCCAGGAAAGGGGUGGCCGACCACUCAGCCAGUUGCCACCAUGCGCAUCUCUCCGACAAACAGCCACAAGCAGCUGAACCUCGGGUCGAACAGUAGCACACAACCAAAGAAGUCUAUUAGCUUUACUGGCACAAUAAAAGGACCUCCAAUGAAAGGAUAUAUUGGUGCAAAUCAAAGCAGAAUGGCUUUGUCAAAAACCAUGCUUAUUCCGCCUGAGUUGAAAACAAUAGAAAAAAUGAAUAUUGCUAGCACAAAGAAAGCACAGGUGUUUGAUAUAAAUGGAGUUGAUGUUACUCCCCGGCCUCUUUAUCGUCCAGAUCCACAUAUUGGUACAGCAAAACCAAAUAAACUAUUGACAUCGCAAGAAGGAUCUUUUGGAUCAGAAUUUAUAGCUUCCUAUAGCCUUUAUCAGAAUACAAUAAAUCCCAGCAUAUUAGGGCAGUUUACAAGGUCAAUUUUAGGAAGCAGUUCAGUUUCUAAGUCAAGUGCAUCAACAACUGAAUCAAUAGUAGCAGAGGACCUAGAAGAACCAUCCUAUAAACGAGAAGGAUUGGCUAGUUUUACAGAUUUACGAGUUGUAAGGACAACACCUGAAAAAAUUAUAACAAAAGAAGACCUGGAGAAGAAUAUAGAGAUAAUACUCACAGAGACAGAAACACUGAGACUUUUUGACUUGCCAACAGUCAUGGUCUCUGUAGAAUCUGAGGAAGCUGGGAAAGUAACCCGGAGAAAUAAGAAUUAUGAAAACCUUUGCAGAAAUAGAUUAGGCAAUGACCUAUAUGUUGAAAGGAUGAUGCAGACUUUUAAUGGAGCACCAAAGAAUAAAGAAGUUCAAUGUGAUAAAAUCACAAUGGAAGAAAAAGGCAUGAUGUCCACUGCCUGGGAUUUGUAUGAUUCUUAUAAUGCUGUGGAACUUUCAUCUUUACCAGUAAGAAAAUCUGCAGUUGAAUUAAGUAGUAAACCAAGUGUACUUCCUAAAGAUCAGAACCAAAGAUGGUCAGGGAAUACUAUAGAAAAAAAUAGUGAAGCUAAUUCUCUAAUGGAUAUAGAAAAUGUAAUUCUGACUAAAGUCCAUGAAGAUGAGGAAGACCAUUCUGAUGCAAUAUUAAAAUCUGACAAGUUUCAUCAGGACUUAUUUUUUAUGGAACGGGUUCUAAUGGAAAAUGUAUUUCAGCCAAAACUUGCAGCUUAUCGUCAGCUUCCUGUUUUAAAAGAACCUGAACCUGAAGAGCCUGAAGAGCCUGAAGGUGAAAAACUUCAAGAGGCAGAGGAAGAAGUUAAGAAGGAGGAGGAAGAAGAAAUAGAAAUAGGUGCAGUACAAUCAACAAUACCAGCCAAUUUGGAACGACUUUGGUCUUUUUCCUGUGACUUAACCAAAGGCCUUAAUGUGAGCAGUCUUGCCUGGAAUAAAACAAACCCAGAUAUUUUGGCUGUUGGCUAUGGGCACUUUGGAUUUAAGGAACAAAAAAGAGGAUUGGCUUGCUGCUGGUCAAUAAAGAAUCCCGUGGUAAUCCAAAUAGGAAUGAGAACCAUUUUUAUUUAG